CAUCCCGAGGGCAGUGGUGGCGGCAGCGUGUACCUGGUCUGCGCUAUGCUGUGUACUGCAGCUACAGGAAAAACGUAGCAGAUGAAUUAAUGAUGAGGAAGAAAGUGCUGCUUAAGUAGCUGAAAUACCCUGCUCGAUGACUGGGAAAAACAGUGAGCUAAAUUUCUGUCGGUCUGGCCCUUGAAAGCGCUUGAACAGCAGAGGCUGUCCCACCUUCACUGGGUUUCUGUCCUGAUUCUCCCCGUGGUGCUCAGUUCUAGCAUUUAUUCUUUCACUCCUUUUUCGUCGAAUGAUGAAAGAGAGGAUCGUAAAUCUCAAGAGCUCUGGAUUCCACUUUCGGCUCGGGAGGGAAGUGGAGUUUAAAUUACAGAUCCUUCUGGUUCAUCCUUUCCAAACUGAUUCGAUAACAAUUUCAUUGCUUCAGAGUCCUAGCUCUGUCUUCACUCCUUAGGCGUAUCAUCUAGCUCAUCUUUGUUAUCCAGUUAGUCUUGAUCUCCUUUUCUGGGUUCAUGAAGUGCAGUUCUUUACCUUCUCAAAGAAAGGCAAUUAGAAAAAUUUUAGCAAUCCUAAUAGGGUUUAUAUUUAAGGAGGUAUUAAAUAAUAGGCAUUAGUCUGCCACACUUACAAUCAAGAGUCAGAUGAAGUGAUGUGUAAGGAGCAACAACACAUAUCUAGCUAUAGUCAAUCCUGUUAUGAAACAGAAAAGUGCAGAUGUCGACAGGGAGAGUUUUAGCAGCUAAACAUCCUGUAAGGAGAGAGCUAUCUACAGUACGUGUAAUUAAGACCUACCUGUUGCUGACAAAUUCAUGUAUUUUGUUAGUAGCAGGCUCUGUUAGUAUUCUUUGCAUUGAAAUUACCUGUGAAGGACUCAUAUUAGAAGCGAAAGUGGGGCUCACUGGCUCAGCAGUGUGUGUUUUAUACCUCUUUUUACCAUUUUAACUCAAUUUGUUCCAGCGUUCUGAAGCGUUCUGGAACUACUCAUGAGACCAGGUAAAACUCAUGAGGCUUUAUGGAUAAGGAAUAGGGAGCUGUAGUGCUCCUUUCUUCACAUUAAGUAUUGUAAUCUAUGAAUAUGUCUACCAGGCUGUUAAAAUGUGCAGUUCAGAAGAUCCAUUCCUUCCCUGUGGAAGUGUGUGCUUUAACUGGACUUUGGUUAUUGUAAGCUCUAUCAAAUGUGUGUAAGGAUGGAAAUAACUAGUGUACUCUUUCUUUUCUUUUCCUCACUACAGCUCAACAUACUACCUUCCUUUGGUCUCCUUUUUGACAUCGAUGGGGUACUGGUACGAGGAAAGACUCCAAUUCCUGCUGCAAAAACAGCCUUUCAAAAGUUAGUUAAUUCUCAGGGACAAUUCUUUGUGCCUGUAGUAUUUGUCACCAAUGCAGGGAAUUGCCUUCGCCAGAAAAAAGCUGAUCAGUUGUCUCAUGUAUUGGGAGUUCCAAUUUCACAAGACCAAGUGAUGAUGUCACAUAGUCCUCUGCGAAUGUUCAAGCGUUACCAUGAAAAAUGUGUUCUCGUAUCUGGGCAAGGACCACUUCUUGAUAUUGCUCAAGAUCUGGGUUUCUGUCAACCUAUUACCAUUGAAACAUUGCGAGAGAAAUACCCUUUACUAGAUGUGGUUGACCAUGACAGAAGACCUAAAAUUCUGUACCCUUCUGCUGUGGAGCUUCCCAAGAUUGAGGCUGUUGUUUUGUUUGGGGAGCCAGUCAGAUGGGAAACCAACCUUCAGUUAAUAAUAGAUGUUCUGCUGACGAGUGGCUAUCCUGGAAAUCCGUAUCACCGUGAAAAUUACCCUCAUAUACCUGUGCUUGCUUGUAAUAUGGAUCUGAUGUGGGUAGCUGAAGCACAGUCUCCAAGGUUUGGGCAUGGAACAUUCAUGGUUUGUUUGGAAAACAUUUACAAGAAGAUCACUGGCAAAGAUCUGAAAUAUGAGGCCUUAAUGGGCAAACCUAGUGAACUGACCUAUCAGUAUGCAGAAUACCUUAUCAGGGCUCAAGCAGCAGAAAGACAGUGGAAGCAGCCUAUUCAAACUCUUUAUGCUGUUGGAGAUAAUCUCAUGACUGACGUCUAUGGUGCUAAUCUUUACAAUCGCUACCUUGAAGAUAAGAACUCCAGAAAAGGUUCCAAAACACAAAUUCAGGCCAAAGUUGCUGGUGGCAGAAGACCUGCCACUCUUUUUCAGGAUGAUGAAAUAGACAACAGUUGGGAAAGUGAAUUAGCAUCUUCUGCUGCUAUCCGUUGUAGGUCUGUUCUUGUUUGUACUGGCGUUUACAACCCCCACACAGAGGUACUCUCUGAUACCAGGGAGACCAUAACUGAAACGGUGUUCCACGGCCACAGGGAUUUUAGAUUUGAUCCUGGUUUAGUAGAACCAGAUCAUAUUGUACCAGAUGUUGAUGCUGCUGUAGACCUGAUCUUCCAGCUGGAGAACUUUGCACCUAGUUGAGAUGACAGGAUUUUUUAAGGACUACUCAGUGCUGUGCUUCUCUCCCUCAAAACAAACUGUGCUUUAAAAGCGUGCCACAAACUACUGCUUUCUAAAAUUUUUUAACUUUUUAACUAUGAUAUUUUGAAAUACUUAAGUUCUUGCUUUAGUUGCAAUUCUUUGCUGUCCUAGUCAUUAUUUUUGGUAUUUUAAUAGUAAUUUUUCAUAAUAACUUGUGCAUAUAACUGUAACAAUUCCCACAUAUCAGUUCUUUCUUUUGCUUGCUGAAAAAUUUAGCUUCUCGUUUAUUGGGGGUCUGGAGCAUAUCAGAUUGUGGCGCUGGAGUCAUUCACACAGUUACAAAUUGGUCGGUACAGAGAACAGUGUGUAUUACUACUUGGUAUCUGCAAGUAAUAAGCUCUCUCCCAGAUACGUUGCUUCAAGUUAGCGCCAACUUCAAACAUGUUCUGCCUCUUCAUACUCACAUAUAACUCUGCAGCAUUUCUUUUUACUGGUUUUCCUAUGUGUUAGGAGCUGCCAUUACUUCACCAUGUUUUCUCUCCGACAUGUAAAGCUUUUAAAGAAAUGCCCAUGAAAGAUGGGGAAGGCUGAGCUGUUAACACCAUUGUUGGGGAUUGCAGCUCACCUGAACUCAGUCAUCUAAGGAAAGUUAUCUUGUGUGGCAUACCUGGCCUUUUUGUCCUUGCCUUUUUACCUGGAGUCUUAUGAGGAAUUUAGAAUUUUUGUGUGCUUCAGAAAGUAUGUUUCAGGCAUUAUCUGUCAAUUGGACUUUUCUGCAGAAUGCAUGUAGCGGUUAUUUGGGCAAAAGGUGCCUAGUAUAUUACUUGAAGCUUCAUACAACUGUGGUACUUAACCUGCCUUUAGAGUAACGUAUUUCAUCUUAUGUCAAUGUUAUAUGUUUGUCGUAAUAGUUCACGGGUUCUGUAGUUGUUCAUUUAAAAGAAUUGAACUUAUUUUUAUCUUAUUUUUGUAAAAACAUUUUUGUCUGUUUACAUCAAAAAGAUGUCUUCGAGACUAUUUGUAUGUUAAUUGGUUAUACUUUUGUGUACGAGUGUACUUUUGAUAUAAGCUUUGAGCCUGUCCUUUGUUACUUGGCAAAAAUAAGCCAGUUAAGUGUAUUUAAAAACUAAGUCACAUACAUAGAAAUAUCACUUAACAUCACCUUAGGGCUAGUCAGUUUUGGUUUUUUUUUUUGCAAGUUAGAAAUUUCACAAACAAAAUCUGUAGGUCUUCAAUUUUACUAAGUUCUUGCAGAACUAGCAGAAUGCUAGUUUAAAUACAUUGAUAGACACAUGGUAACAUAAAGUGAAAUGCGUUCUUGGCCAAAUUCUCCAUUUACUGUCUUGAAAUCAAAAUCUGAAAAGUGAUCAUAAGGAGAACAUUGCUCUAAUGAAGGCAGAUUUUUAGUGUUUUCACUGCCCUUUGCCCUUACCAUUCCAAUCCCAGCUGUAUUGUCAGGAGCAUUGAUUUGUUCAUUCAUAAUGUUUCAUACACAGCUUUCAACCUGUCUUGCUGGAUCCAGAAUAAGUUCAAGGACGGUGUUGUAAACAGUGUAUUUCUGUUUCUUCACUGGAAAAAUAUUAAAGCAGCCCUGUCUUUCUUGCCUUUCUUAUUGUUAUGAUAAACACAUAUCUUUCUUUAGCCCUCUUCUGUAAUAUGCUAAAUAUUUGCCAAGUAUGCCAAAAAUUUCUAAGUAAAGAUUGUAGCUAAAGAUUUGUAAAAUGUUGGGCUCACUAAAGUUCUGUCAUUUUAUAUUGAAGCGUGUUGCAGAGCUGUUUAAUUCUGUUUCUGGAAGCUGGCUCAGGCUGUCAGUGAAGCGGGGAAUAAAGAUGUGGAAGUUAAUGAAGAA